AUGAGUGUGAAACUGAGAGAGUUGAGACUUAACUGUGGUUUUGGUUUUAGCUCUGUGGAAAUAUGGCCUAUCAUAGAUGUUGAAGCAGGAUUAGUGGGGGAAAUUGUGACAGGAUUGGUGGAAGGAACUUUGAUGAUGGUUGACAUCAGUGUAGGUGUGAGACUGGUGUUACUUACCCUCUCCUUACAAAAACAAUUAAGUGCUAAUGAUUUUUCUUCAAGAGAUGGGUCAAAGGUGCCCGUUGCUUAUAAGGGCUUUCCAGGAGCAUAUUCUGAGGAUGCAGCUUUGGAAGCAUAUCCAAAAUUGGAGGGCUUAAUAUUAAAAUCAAUUAAAUCUCAUUCAAGUUAA